AUGACAUCAGACGCCUCAUCCUACGAGGACACCCACGUCCACGCCGUCUACGAAGCAAUAGCCCCCCAUUUCAGCGCAACCCGCCACAAACCAUGGCCCUUCAUAACCCAGUUCCUCACGUCCCUGCCCCCCGGCGCCAUCGGCCUAGACAUAGGCUGCGGCAACGGCAAAUACAUCCCCGUCAACCCAACCCUGCACGUGCUCGCCUCCGACCGCUCCCCGUCGCUCGUCCAGCUCGCCAGGUCCGAACGCAACGGGGAGGUCCUCGUCGCCGACGGGCUGGCGCUGCCGUACCGCGCCAAAUCAGUAGACUUCAUCAUCUGCAUCGCCGUGAUACACCACCUCUCCACGAGGCAGCGGCGGCGGGAGGCACUGGCCGAGAUGAUGGGGUGUUUGGCCGACGACGGACAGGCGCUGGUGUACGUGUGGGCGCUGGAGCAGCAAGACAGCAGGAGGGGGUGGGACGAGAACUCGGAGCAGGACACGCUGGUGCCGUGGGUGAUGAGGAAGAAGGGCGGCGCGCCGGAUGAGACGUACCAGCGGUACUAUCACUUGUUCAGGGAGGGGGAGUUGGAGGAGGAUGUUGUUGAGGCUGGUGGCGAGGUUUGCAGGGGUGGCUACGAGAGGGAUAAUUGGUGGGUGAUAUUCAGGAGGAGGUGA